UCUGCGUCAUGGCGGGCCGGGGCGGAUGAUGAAUUCCGGUGUGCAAGUGUGGGUUGCUGUGUCACUCGGCCCGCUCGGCGCGCCCCUUCCCCGCCGCCCUUCCGCACCGGCUCUUGGGCUCUUCCGGUCCCCAGGCGCCCCUCACCUGCAGGCUUGUCUCCCGCCGCCGCUUGGAGUCUCCGCUGCGGACUUGAUCUCGCGCGGUGCCCGGGAUCCGGGCGCCGGAAAGACCCUGGCCAUGGCUAGCGGCGCUGCCAGGUACCGGCUGAGCUGCUCGCUCCCGGGUCACGAGCUGGACGUGCGGGGCCUGGUGUGCUGCCUCUAUCCGCCGGGGGCCUUUGUGUCGGUGUCCCGAGACCGCACCACCCGCCUGUGGGCCCCGGACAGUCCUAACAGGGGCUUUACAGAAAUGCACUGUAUGAGUGGCCACUCCAACUUUGUAUCUUGUGUAUGCAUCAUACCUUCAAGUGACACAUACCCUCAUGGACUAAUUGCCACUGGAGGAAAUGACCACAAUAUAUGUAUCUUCUCACUGGACAGUCCGUUGCCACUUUAUAUUCUAAAAGGUCACAAAAAUACUGUUUGUAGUCUUUCAUCUGGAAAAUUUGGAACAUUACUUAGUGGCUCAUGGGACACCACUGCUAAAGUCUGGCUGAAUGACAAAUGCAUGAUGACCUUACAGGGUCAUACAGCUGCAGUAUGGGCAGUAAAGAUCUUACCUGAACAGGGCUUAAUGUUGACUGGAUCAGCAGACAAAACUAUUAAACUGUGGAAGGCUGGAAGAUGUGAGCGAACUUUUUCAGGACAUGAAGACUGUGUAAGAGGUUUGGCAAUUUUGAGCGAAACACAAUUUCUUUCCUGUGCAAAUGAUGCUAGUAUUAGAAGGUGGCAAAUCACUGGCGAGUGUCUAGAAGUAUAUUAUGGACAUACAAAUUAUAUUUAUAGCAUAUCUGUCUUUCCGAAUUGUAGAGAUUUCGUGACAACAGCAGAAGACAGAUCCCUGAGAAUCUGGAAACAUGGGGAAUGUGCUCAAACAAUCCGACUUCCAGCUCAGUCUAUAUGGUGCUGCUGUGUGCUAGACAAUGGUGACAUUGUGGUUGGUGCAAGUGAUGGCAUUAUUAGAGUGUUUACAGAAUCAGAGGAUCGGACAGCAAGUGCUGAGGAAAUCAAGGCUUUUGAAAAAGAGCUCUCUCAGGCAACCAUUGAUUCCAAAACUGGUGAUUUAGGGGACAUUAAUGCCGAGCAGCUUCCUGGAAGGGAACAUCUGAGAGAACCUGGUACUAGAGAAGGACAGACUCGUCUCAUCAGAGAUGGGGAGAAAGUCGAAGCCUAUCAGUGGAGUGUUAGUGAAGGAAGGUGGAUAAAAAUUGGUGAUGUCGUUGGCUCAUCUGGUGCUAAUCAGCAAACAUCUGGAAAAGUUUUAUAUGAAGGGAAAGAAUUUGAUUAUGUUUUCUCAAUUGAUGUCAAUGAAGGUGGACCAUCAUAUAAAUUGCCAUAUAAUACCAGUGAUGAUCCCUGGUUAACCGCAUACAACUUCUUGCAGAAGAAUGAUUUGAAUCCUAUGUUUUUGGAUCAGGUGGCUAAAUUUAUUAUUGAUAACACAAAAGGUCAAAUGUUGGGACUUGGGAAUACCAGUUUUUCAGAUCCAUUUACAGGUGGUGGCCGGUAUGUUCCAGGGACUUCAGGAUCUUCUAACACAUUGCCUACAACAGAUCCUUUUACAGGUGCUGGUCGUUAUGUGCCAGGUUCUGCAAGUAUGCCAACCUCUAUGUCUGGAGUUGAUCCAUUUACUGGGAAUAGUGCUUACCGAUCAGCUGCACCUAACGCAUUGAAUAUUUAUUUCCCUAAAAAAGAAGCUGUCACUUUUGACCAAGCAAACCCUACACAAAUAUUAGGUAAACUGAAGGAACUUAAUGGAACUGCACCGGAAGACAAGAAGUUAACUGAGGAUGACUUGGUGCUUCUUGAGAAGAUACUGUCUUUAAUAUGUAACAGUUCUUCAGAAAAACCCACAGCCCAGCAACUUCAGAUUUUGUGGAAAGCAGUUAACUGGCCUGAAGAUAUUGUCUUCCCUGCACUUGAUAUCCUUCGGCUGUCAAUUAAACAUCCCAGUGUGAAUGAGAAUUUCUGCAAUGAAAAGGAAGGGGCUCAGUUCAGCAGUCAUCUUAUCAAUCUUCUGAACCCUAAAGGAAAGCCAGCAAACCAGCUGCUCGCUCUCAGAACUUUCUGCAAUUGUUUCGCUGGCCAGGCAGGACAGAAGCUCAUGAUGACCCAGAGGGAAUCCCUGAUGUCCCGUGCAAUAGAACUGAAAUCAGGGAGUAAUAAGAACAUUCACAUUGCUCUGGCUACAUUGACCCUGAACUAUUCUGUUUGUUUACAUAAAGACCAUAACAUUGAAGGAACUCAGUGCUUAUCCGUGAUUAGCACAAUCUUGGAAGUUGUACAAGACCUAGAAGCCACUUUUAGACUUCUUGUGGCUCUUGGGACACUUAUCAGUGAUGAUUCAAAUGCUGUACAGUUAGCCAAGUCUUUAGGUGUUGAUUCUCAAAUAAAAAAGUAUUCUUCAGUGUCAGAACCAGCUAAAGUAAGUGAAUGCUGUAGACUUAUCCUAAAUUUGCUGUAACAGUGGGGAAAGGGGUGAAAGUUUAAAUUGAUAAUUGUUUUGCUCAUAUUUUCCAUGACUGAUUACAAAUGAUUUAAAAAAUACUGUGGAUGAAGUAAAAUUUCAGAUCUUGUAAAGUCCUGGGGAGAGGAAACGAGGCAGAAAUAAAAUUUUGCACUGAUGAACUGUGAGAUUUUCCUAUGUAAUUUAAGUAGAUUUUGAAGGUUACAGAAGCAAUGCAAGGAAGAGCAAUAAUUAAUAGCACCACAACUACAAUGGUAUUUCUUCCUUAGCUUGGCUGCUUAGGAGAAUAUAGUGGAUUUACUUUUAUAACCUGAUUUCAUUAUUUAUGUACAACAAAUUGUUCAUUAUUGACAGUUAUCUUUUUUUUUUAAAGAUGUAUUUAUUUAUUUUAAAGGCAGAGCUACAGAGGGGCAGAGAGAGAAGUCUUCCAUCUGCUGGUUCACUCCCCAAAUGGCCACAAUGGCCAGAGCUGAGCUGAUCCAAAGCCAGGAGCCAGGAACUUCCUCCAGGUCUCCCAUACAGGUGCAGGGGCCCAAGGACUUGGACCAUCUUCUACUGCCUUCCAGGCCAUAGCAGAGCAGCUGAGUCUCGAAUUGGUACCCAUAUGGGAUGCUGGCACUACAGGUGGCAGCUUUACCCACUAUGCCACAGUGCCGGCCCCAGUUACUUUUUUUUUUUUUUUUAAGAUUUACUUAUUUAUUUGAAAGGCAAAGUUAGAGAGAGAGAGAGAUCUAUCCACUGGUUCAUUCCCUAAAUGGCCGCAAUGGCCAGAGUUGGACCAGUCCAAAGCCAGGAGCCGGGAGCUUCUUCUGGGUCUCCCACAUAGGUACACGGGCCCAAGCACUUGGGCCAUCUUCCACAUUAGCAGGGAGUGGAGUAGCCUGGACUGGAACUGGUGCCUAUAUGGGAUGCUGGCACUGCAUGUGGCAGCUUUACCUGCUGCACCACAGUGCCAGCACUGGCAGUUAUCUUUUAUCUAAUUUCUCCAGUUCCUCUCAUUGCUGGAUUCUUUCAAUAGCACUGAUACAUGUCAGGAUGAUCUUCUAGGAUGACUACUUUAAAAUUAAAAAAAAAAAGUUAUGUUUAUUCAUGUAUUGAAAAGGCAUAACAAUUUUUUGAUUUAAGUCAUUUGUAAAUAGUAUAUUCUUUGCUUGAAUAGUAUUUUUUGCUUGAUGGUCACUUUUAGAUGAAGAAAAAUCAAAUAGGAAAGCUGUGUUAGGCCACAUCAAUUCAGACUGCUGACACCUCAAAUCAACUACAAUCUUAGGUAUAGUUUUUUUUUUUUAAAUUUCACUUUUGGGGGUUACUUCCUUUUUCAUCCCAGUUUUGAUAUUUGAUUGUUUAUUUUGGGUCAUUUCCAUUAUUUCAAAGGGGAUCUGGAACAUGUUGAAUUUUACCAGGCAAUUGUGCAAGAAAGAACACAUCGCACUAUUAUUUGAAUGUCUAGAGCCUGUCAUAUGAAGCUAGUAUUUUUGAAGUAGUAUGGUCCAGGUAAUGUACUACACUUUGACCUUUGAUCCUCAAAAUAAAUGACAUAUAGAAUUAUCUGUUUUUAGAAGUAAAAAUACUGGAAUGAAUCAUAUGAGAAGAAAAGUAAAGUAAAAAAUUAGUUAACUACUCAAAAUACAUGCAAUGCUAUACUUCCCAGAGAGAUCAUCAGAUUUGAAGGUAAACAUCCUAAUAACUCAUUAAUUAAUGUAUUGUGUUGGAGAUAACCCAGUUUCUCAAAAGAAGUAUAACUACUCCUAUGUUAAAAACGAGAGAGGGCUUUUUAGAAAGAGGACUUUCCCUAGACUAGUGAGCAACAUUUGAAACUUAUGGUAGAAGAAACCGUGAGUAGGAGCAUUCAGUCUGGGUGUUAGCAUGCCUGCUGAUAGGGUGCCCAAGUUGGAUUCUGGCUUCAGUCCCUGAUUCCAGCUUUCAGCCAAUAAAGAUACCGGGAGGCAGCAGUGGCGGCUCAAGUUAUUAGGUUUCUAUCACCCACAUUAGGUGGCUUGGGUUCCGCUCCCUGCUCCUGGUUUCAGCCUGACAUAACCCCAGCAAGUGCAGGUGUUUGGGGAGUCAACUAGAAGUGGAAGCUGCAUGUCUGUCUGUCUGUAGCUUUCUGCUUCAAAUUAAAAAACAAAGCAAACGAAAUCACGAGUUUCCUGACUCAGUGGCCAAAUUGCAGUCUAAGAACAGUUCUGCACUAAGGACUGUAAAAUGUUUACUACGUUCCACUUGCACUAAUUAAAUUAAAAGGAAAAAAAAAAACUUUUCACAAAAAAAAAGCAAGGAAGGAAGGUGGGAGGGGAAGGGAGGGAAAGGGGGAAAGGAAAAAAGAAAAAAAGUACUCUUCCUAAUUGGGUAAGGAAAAGUUCUGAUUUAUAGGAUGGCCUAUGGGGAAAACUUGGAAUAUUCAAAGGGAAUGGAUAAAAAGUUAAUAUAGGUAAGUACACUUUGCUAAGUAUUGUGACUUCCUGGUGUGUACCUGGACUUUAAGUGUUCUGUUUGCUAGUCCAGCUAGGUACCUGUGCUUUACUUCUCGAAUAGGGAUCUUGGGGGGGAUUGUGUCAAAGUUAAGUUGAGCCUGUGUCAGCCUGGUUCCAUUAUAGUACACUGCUUUUUUUUUUGUAAUACAUUCACUCUAGUAUGCAGUAACAAGUACAAACAAUUAAUGCAAUACUUUGAGAAACUGGCUACCUUUAAAUAAUGGUAGGACAUAAAAUCUUGAUUAAUAAUAAGAGUUAACUCUUGAAAAAUGAAAGGGGUGCCAAAUUGUAAACAUUGUUUGCUUCCUAUCUCUAUGUAAGUCUUUUUAUAACAAGAUGUAUUAUACCAUUUCAUGUUUAUUGAAAAAUAUUUAUAAAAUACAAUUUAGCA